AUGAAAAGUGUAUGCUCUUUAGGCCCUCAUAAUAUGCAAUGUGGUACAUUCUUUCACAUGUUCUGCCUCCCAGUCUACUAUCUGGCGAUAAGUCCCGCCUUACCCUCGGAAGACGAUGAAGGAAGCGGUUUUAAGAACAAUUCAGCUCGCGGUUUUACUCUACGGCCGGUGGACCCUGAUGCAGGGCUGGAUGAAACAUCGUUGCUGUGCGUAGGCCACCGUGGGAUGGGUGCCGAGAGAGUGGAGACGCCAGCCGAGGAGCAGUGGCCCGAGAACACCCUCCUUAGUUUCAAUAAGGCCGCUGAACUCAAUAUUCCAAUGGUUGAGCUCGACGUGCAGCCUCUGCGAGAAUCCAAUGACCUCGUAGUCUAUCACAGCUUCAAUAUUGCAACGAGACGUUGUAAUCGCGAUCAAUCCUGUGGCUGUCCUGAUUACGAGAUCGAUGUCUUUAGUGGCGAGUUAUUUUUUUGCAUUUCCGCUUGUUCAUCUUCCUGUCUGGUUUUUGAAAGACUUGUGAAUUGCACACAACCAUUUAUCCUACGAACCCAAGGCAAUGGACGGGCGAUUGUGUUGAGUACAUUCAAUGCCGACCUCUGCCUGGCUCUUCGACUUAAGCAGAUCACUUUCCCAGUGCUCUUCAUCUCCCGUGCGGGCUGUGAACAACUGUUUUCGACCUACGUUAAGUCACUACCUCCACCGCACUCAUCCACACGACUCCCACCACCACCGCAUUUGCUGGACCCGAGACAUCGCAAUGCAUUGGCAGUGAUUGAGUGGGCCCACUUGAUCGGAAUGGACGGAGUGGUGAUUCCCGGCAAACCACUGAUGGAGGCAACGGCUAAGAGCGCCGACCUUGCUCGUCGCAUGGCCGCUUUGCACCUUGCCUGCAUCCCUUUUGGUUCAUGCGUCUCUACCCCCGAUUUCAAGCGUCGUGCUGCCGAACUGGGACUCACUGGAAUCUGUAUCGACAACGUAUACCAAAAUGCUUGGUAG